AUGGAAGAAUUUGAGGCUAAUAUUCCUCUCUCCACAAUAGAUUCUCAGCCAUAUCUUGAAUCAGAAUCUGUCCCCAGAGUGAGCGUGACUUUACGGCCUGCUUCUUCUUCAGGUUCUGUAAAAUCUGGGAGGUUAAACCAAUCAACUCAAAGUUUAAAGAAAAUCCCUUCUAUAACUGUGAGCAUUGAAGACUUACUUCAAGCUCAGCACGCAGGAUACAAAGCUAAGCUUAACUUGAAAAUAUUAGAAAAAGAAUCUCAAGAAGCAGCUCAGUUGAAAGAAAAGCCAUUAAUUAACCCGAAAUCUAGAAGAAUGGCUGAAGCUAGAAGAAGUUUGGACCUCCAAAAUGAAAAGGAGUCGGCGAAGCGAGCAGAAAGAGAUAAGCUUCAGUCCUUUAGAGCAAUGAAUUCGUAUAUCAGCUUAGAAAGUUUAAAAAAGUCUUUAACAGCAAGAUCAAAAUCAGUAUCUGAAAUCCCAACUCCAAAGAAAAACUACUUAAAAAUGAGUGUAGUUGACAGAGUUCAUUCUUGGUUCGAAGAAAAACAGAAAAAAAUCGAAACGCAAAGACGGCAGUCCUUUGACAAUGAACUAGUUGGAUGCACUUUUCAGCCAGAGCUAUCACCUAGAAUUCCAAUCGCGAACUCAUCUGAGUCCACAAAUGAUCAAAAAUUAUCUCUUAAAAGAACCUAUAGUUAUUCUAGCAAGAAACCUUCAAAAUCACUUGAUCUCCAGAAAGAUAAAAACUACACUGCCUAUUGCUCAGUGACUAAAAAGGGCAUUCCACUAAGAAUUCCUCCCCCUAAUUCUUCAAGAACUCUCACUCGGACUACUAGAGGAAGCUCCAAAGAUAUGAGCUCACCCAUCCUCUCCCAGUUUUAUAGUCAAUUGACUCCAUAUCAUGCUGACUACAGAUUCAAAUCUGGAUUCAACUCAAAAGCAUUCCUUUUAAAAGCCAAACCUAUGGUUGACUAUACAUUUUAA